AUGGCCACUGUCAAACAAAACCUGAGGGAAGCAGACAAAAUUGCGCUAACGACCGACGCCUGGACCUCCCGAGCUACCACCACUUAUGUUACCUUUACAGCGCACUUCAUCCACAAAGAUUGGACUAUGACCUCAUAUGUCCUGCAGACUAAAGCUAUGCAUGAAGCUCAUACUGGAGUCAACAUGGCAGCUCUGCUGCAAAAAGUCGUGACCGAAUGGGGCAUGACAGGGAAAGUCGAUGCAGUAGUGACUGACAAUGCCAGCAACAUGACUGUUGCAGUGAACCUGGCUGGUUUACACCACAUUAAGUGCUAUGCACACACGACCAGCCUCGCAUCUCAAUGUGCACUUAAACUACCAGCUGUCGCAGGACUCCUCGGUCGCGUUAGAUGGGUCACUGGUUUUUUUCACCAGAGUGCCGCCGAACUCCAUGUUUUGAAAGAAAAACAGCAGUUGCUGGGGCUACCUGUGCACCGACUGGUCACGGAUGUACCAACUAGAUGGAACAGUGCCUUUGAUAUGGUUGAGCAUUUCCUUCAACAGCAGCCAGCCAUCACAGCUACUCUGCUUUCAACAGAGGUCAGAAAGAAAGAGAAAGAUGUGUGCACGUUCACCGAGGAAGACAUCUCAAAUGCUGAGGAGUUUGUCGAGGCACUGAAGCCAGUCAAAGUGGCUACCUGUGUCAUGUCGGAUGAGAAUCACCCAACACUCUCAGUCAUCGCCCCCCUUCACGCACAACUCCUGCAGAUGACUGUGGCAGGCAAAGGAGAUUCUCCGUUUGUCAAAGAACUGAAGAAAGCCAUUCAUGAGGACCUUUCCAAAAGGUACACAUCCCAGGCAGAUAAGUCCAUACUGAACCUCACUUCAGCUCUCGACCUGAGAUUUAAAGCACUGCCUUUCCUCUCUGAUGCUGACAAGCAAGUGACACUUGCCAAACUGGUCGUUGAAGCUGCAGGCACAAUGAGGAAUCGUGAUGAACAGGAGGGUGAUGGUGAGCCUGUACCAGAUGGGGAAACUGAGGAGACAGAGACACAGACAGUACAAGACCCCCAGUGCUCCCCACAUGCUAAACAGAGGAGAGAGUCCUGUGCCCUGGCUGAGUUACUUGGCAGCACUUUUAGGGAGGCUAGGCAGACACAGGCAUCACCAGUGAUGUCACCUCUUCAUGCUGCACAGAAGGAGGUGGAUGAGUACACCACAGCUGCUCCUUUGCCACGAUCAGAAAACCCACUAGACUGGUGGAAAGUGCAUCACUGUGAGUACCCUCUCCUGGCAAAGCUAGCGAAGCAGUACCUGUGUAUACCAGGGACAAGCGUCUCUGCUGAGCGCGUCUUUUCAACAGCAGGGGGCAUUGUCACUGCUCAGCGAAGCAGCCUAACACCUGAGCACGUUGACCAGCUCCUGUUUCUCCACAAAAACCUUAUCACUCCAAAGUGGUAG